AUGCUACGUGUAACAGGCUUGGAACUCCCACGCGCGUCUCCUCCUCUCUCACAGGUGCUCAGGAGGCAACUGACCAUAUCUUCUUUGACAAGCUUCCAACCCAAGACCAAGACACAGGUUGUGGUCAUCGGCGCUGGCCAUGCGGGCUGCGAAGCUGCAGCUGCUUCGUCCAGGACUGGAGCACACACCACCCUCAUUACACCAUCACUAACGGCCAUUGGUACGUGUUCGUGCAAUCCUUCUAUCGGUGGGGUAGGUAAAGGCAUCCUGGUCAAAGAAAUCGAUGCCCUCGAUGGACUGAUGGGCAAAGUGACUGAUCUGGCUGGCGUUCAGUUUAAGAUGCUCAACAGAAGCAAGGGCCCUGCUGUUUGGGGGCCCAGGGCCCAGAUAGAUAGAGAGUUGUACAAAAAUUACAUGCAAAAAGAGCUCUUUGACAAAGAGGCACAUCCAAACUUGUCCCUGUUGCAGAAAAAAGUCGUUGAUUUGGUCCUGCAUGACCCUGGAACUGGUCACAAGGUCAUCAAAGGUGUGGUACUAGAUGAUGGGAGCCAGGUCGGGGCAGACCAGGUCAUAAUCACGACGGGCACGUUCUUAAGUGCAGAAAUUCACAUUGGCAACAAACGAAUUGCAGCAGGCAGAAUUGGUGAACAGCCCACAUACGGGAUAAGCAACACGCUGCAGAAUGAGGCAGGCUUCCAGUUGGGGCGCUUGAAGACGGGAACUCCAGCUAGGUUGGCCAAGGAAUCCAUUGACUUCGACGCACUAGAAAUUCAAAAAGGCGAUGAAUUGCCCGUCCCCAUGAGUUUUAUGAACGAAACGGUGUUAGUUGAGCCCUCCAAACAACUGGAUUGCUUCGGUACUCAUACUACACCGCAAAUGCACGACUUCCUGCGGAACAACUUACAUCAAUCUAUUCACAUUCAAGAUACGACAAUCAAGGGACCGCGCUACUGUCCCUCCAUCGAGGCGAAGAUCCUAAGGUUCCCUGACAGGUCUAGCCAUAAGAUAUGGCUAGAACCGGAGGGGUUCAACUCUAACGUCAUCUAUCCCAAUGGAAUAUCGAAUUCCAUGCCCGAAGAUGUGCAGUUACAAAUGAUGAGACUCAUCCCCGGCCUGAAUAAUGUCAAGAUCAUACAACCAGCAUAUGGUGUGGAAUACGACUACGUAGACCCAAGACAGUUGAAGCCCAGCCUAGAAACGAAGUUAGUGGAAGGAUUAUUCUUGGCGGGACAAAUUAAUGGUACUACCGGGUACGAGGAAGCCGCUGCACAGGGAAUCGUCGCAGGUAUCAACGCAGGGUUAUUAUCACGACCACAACGAGAGCAAAUGAUCUUACAAAGGUCCCAAGCGUAUAUUGGUGUUCUCAUCGACGAUCUGAUCAAUAACGGUGUCAUUGAACCAUAUAGAAUGUUUACUUCCAGAUCAGAAUUUAGAAUCAGUGUGAGGGCUGACAAUGCAGACUUCAGAUUGACGCCCAUUGGCGCCCAACUGGGGAUCAUUUCGCCAGCCCGUCUGAGCCAGUAUUCCAAAGACAGGCAACUAUACGAUGAAACCAUACGUGUGCUGCAGAACUUCAAACUAAGUUCUCAAAAGUGGUCCAGUCUGCUGCAGACCAACAUCGCGCCGCAGGCUGAGAACAGAUCUGCGUGGGAAAUUUUCAGAUUCAAAGGCAUGAACCUGCACAAAUUGCACGAACGCCUUUCUAGCUUGCCCAUUAACGUCCCAGCUAUUCCGGCGCACGUUAUCACCAAAAUCAACGUUCAGGGCAAAUAUGAGCCUUACAUCGUCAAACAGAACCAGUUUGUGAAGGCAUUCCAAGCAGACGAGAACAUGUUGUUACCGCAAGACUACGAUUAUUCCCAAUUGCCCACUCUCUCCACUGAAUGCAAACUGCUCUUAAACCGUGUUCGGCCACUGACUAUAGGUCAGGCAAGACGGAUCCAGGGAAUAACUGCAGCCGCCUUGUUUGAACUCUACCGCGUGGCCCGCAAGCCAGCAUCAAAAGCCAUGUAG